UUCCGAUCGUCACCUCCAUUCCAGAAUUCCACCAACACCGAAGCGCCGAUCAUGUGAGGGUUGGAGGGGCGCAUCUUGGGCUACUCCACUGUAACACCACGGCCACUAUUUAUCCAUCCAUCUUGCUCCCUAUUUCCGUUUCCAGUUACUCUUUCCACUCGGCCACGUCGCAUCGCAACACCUUUCAAGCAACCCUCAUUGUGUCGCCAGUGCAGCCUUUCGUCCCUUGAUUGAAAAUGGCCCCCUUCCGCAACUUCCUCGCAAAGAGGUCCGCGCCGCCAAGUAGCGGGGAAUCGGAUAUCUACAAUGACGGUCGAUUAUCUACGGGGGCCCCGCCUACAAGUACGAGCCCCCUGAGCAUCAGGAAAAGCUGCGAGAACCAGCCUCCAGAGUACAAACUGAGUGUGGUCGACGACAAUGGCGCCUAUCUUCCGCCGUCGCCGCCGGAGAAACAGAGCAUUUGGCGCCGACCAGGGUCGAAUAACUCGAACCACCGGAGCCUCGUCAACGAAAACGAGCCAUUCUCGAUAUCCCGCGAGUCGUUCGACUCCUACCGCCGCUCCUUCGACAUUUCAGCCCGCUCCCCAGUGAGCCACUCCGACGCACUCCCCUCUCGAACCUCCCUCGACUCCCGAUUCUCGCGCAUGUCGUCACCCUCCCUACAACACGGCUCAGCCAAGAAGCCCCAGACAAUGGAGGAAGAGCAGUUUGAGGAAGUAGAACUCGGCGCCGACGACCCCAAGCCCAAGAAGAGGGGCAUAUUCUCGCGCUUCGGCGAUUUUAACAGCGACAGCCAGUCCUCCAAGUCCUCGACGUUCUACUUCCCAGGCAGGAAGCGCGAACAGAGCGGUGCUGGUGCUGAGAUGGGCGCCAUCCAAUCACCAGUGUCCGGAGAAGGGUCCUAGGCGCUUGAGACGCGGGACAUAGUCUCCCGGGGAAUAUGUAUGGAGUAAUGAUACUAAUCGCUGGCGUUUUGGGAGGGUCAAUUGAUAAGGAGGCGGCGGCCGCCUGGAUGUUUGAUAGCUGCGCUAUUUCUAGUCCUUGGAUCGGCAUGGGUAAUGGUUAUGCGUUAUUGUAUUUUCUAGAUAUUCUACCGAACAUAGUCUUAUAC